ACCGACUCCAGUUUGAGGUUAUCAGGGGAGCAUGUAGCCUAACCAUUCCUAGGCAUUAAGGUUAGUUUAUUCAUAAUAAGUACAGGUUUGUAGCCCAGUCAAGAGACGAAGGUUUAUACCCCAAGAAAAUGGUUGUCGCAAGUUACCACAGCCACAAAGUCAGAAAACCCGACUAUUUACAUUUUUUAAUUUUUUAAAUCCGAUUUAAACCUUAUGCCUGCUCCUAACCUUAAGACCAAAAGGCUACGUUUUGUUUUCAUAAUAUUUUUGUUACGAUAUAGCCAAUGUCGAUUUUGUGGCUGUGACAACCAAAAACUUUACUUGGCGCCACUUUUCCUGUUUGCGUGCACCAAGAGUCCGCGUCAUCCUUCCUAAUCCCAUCCGGGUUACAAUCUUUUGCGCAUUUACACGAAGUCGACGUCAGCUUUCGAGUUAGAACAUACGUGUCUAAAUAUUCCGGACAAAAACCUUUUCAACAUGGACCAGGUAAUGCAAUUUGUGGAGCCCAGUCGACAGUUUGUGAAGGACUCCAUAAGGCUUGUGAAGAGGUGUACCAAGCCAGACAGAAAAGAAUUCUCAAAGAUUGCCAUGGCCACAGCGAUAGGUUUUGCAAUCAUGGGCUUCAUUGGUUUCUUCGUCAAACUCAUCCACAUCCCAAUCAACAACAUCAUUGUUGGUGGUUGAAUAUCUCCCCUGGCUGAUUAACUACCUGCAACUGGACAUGGGAUUAAAGUGUUAACAUUUUUUUUAUAUUAUAAUUAUCUUCAGUUCAUAUUUGUUUGCUUUGUAAAUAAAUUUGGAUUAAUAAGA